AUGUUGAAGCUUUUAGCCCUAUUGAGCAUUGGUUGCGCAGUUGUUGCCGCUGCACCGCCCAAAACGUUCUUGGAUAACGCAAGAAUUGUUGGAGGUAACGAAAUUGACAUUCAAUAUGUUCCUUACCAAAUUUUGUUGAUGCUCAAUAUGCGUCACACUUGCGGAGGAGGUAUCAUCAACGAAUAUACAGUUAUAACAGCAGCUCAUUGCACACAAAAUCCUCAACAUACCGCAUAUGCUGUACGAGCAGGCUCCAACUCACAAUAUACCGGAGGACAAGUCAUCGGAGCUUCAAGAAUUAUCAACCAUCCUCAAUACAAUCCAAACACAUUCGACAAUGACGUGGCAAUUGUAAAACUCGUUAGUCCAUUGUUCUUCAACGAAAGAGUUCAACCUGUCAAACUUUCGGAUCCAUCGACUUUCAUUCCUGAUGGCGCUUACGCUCGUAUUGCUGGAUGGGGAGAUUUGCAAUCCGGAAGCGGGCAAUACCCAGAAUUCUUGCGAUAUGUCGAUGUACCUAUCACAAAUCAAGCAGAAUGUAAACGCUCGUAUCCUGGUUUGACAGAACGCAUGAUCUGCGCUGGAUUAACGGGACACAGUACAUGUCAAGGAGAUAGCGGCGGUCCAUUGGUUUACAAUGGAUACCAUAUUGGUGUCGUCUCGCAUGCUGUUGGAUGCGCUUUCAGCGGAUAUCCUACUGUUUACAGUCGUACCGCACAAUUGCGUUCUUUCAUCGAUCAAUAUGUCUAAAAUUUUGU